AUGGUUCGCAAGCAGUGGUCCGCAGGCGUUGUAGAUAUCAAAACAGCUUUUCUCAACGCGGAACUCGAAGGGCAAGAUCUAGGCGCUAAGAGGGUAAUGGUUCGCACGCCUGGUUUGUGGCGCCGCAUCGGCGUCUGCACCGAAAUGUUUUGGGACGUUCAUAGGGCGCUCUAUGGCCUGCAAAUAAGCCCGGCAGCCUGGUCUCGAUGCCGUGAUCGGACCCUACCGAGCCUUAAACUCCACACCUGUUCUGGAGUGGUGCGCCUCCACCAAUUCCGGUCGGACGGCGACAUCUGGGCAAUCGUGCCUGUUGAUGCGGAAGAUCCCGAUGACGCCUCGCUACGUCUCGGACUGCUGUUGGUAUAUGUGGAUGACAUGAUGAUUUUGAGUACGCCUCAGAUCAUUGCAGAUGUCAUUGCCGAACUGGGCAAAACAUGGGAGUUAUCCCAGCCAGAGCUGUUGGACGACGGCAACGUUCACUACCGAGGUGUAGAAAUCUGUCGCGGAAAAGGAGGAGUGUUGGUGCACCAAGGUUCUUAUACACAAGAACUCCUGGCCCGAUAUCCGGAUGGAGGCGGAGCGGAGGUCCCAGCUCUUAAGUUGCCUGACAUUGCACCUGCUGACCGGCAGGACCCGUCGACUGUUCGAAAGGCUCAACAGGUUGCCGGGGAGCUCCUCUGGCUGAGCGGCAUUACUCGUCCCGAGCUUCAGUUCGCUGUGGGAAUGAUCUCAAGAACCAUCUCGGUGAACGCCGCGGAGGCUUGCGCCAUGGGGGAGCAGGUGGUCAAGUACCUACGACGUUUUCCGGCCCGAGGUAUUUGGUAUGGGAGUGCCAAUAUGUCCUGGGGUGAGGAGGGAGACCUUUCACAGCCGAUGGGACCGAACUCCUUGGUGGGGUUCUGUGACGCAAGCUUCGCUCCAUCCUCCGGGAGAUCCUUCCAGUCGACGUUGGCAUAUUACAGCGGCGGUUUGAUAGCUUGGUCGGCGACCCGACAGGGUAUGACUCGUAUGACCACACUAUCGACAGCAGAAUCGGAACUGGUUGGAAUCACUUCGUUGUUUGCUGACCUUCGAGCACUGGAGCCGCUGGCGAGGGAAAUCCAUGGAGCUCCAGUGACGAUGCAGAUGCACUCGGGCAGCCAAGCGGCCAUUGCCAUCUGCAGUACUCAAGCGAAUAAUUGGCGCGCCCGACACCUGAGAAUCCGUGCCUCCUACGUGCGGGAAGCUCUUGAGUCGGGCUCGUACACCCUUCACCAUGUCAAUGGCGCCAGCAUGAAAGCAGACAUUGGCACGAAGCCCCUUCCGGGGCCUAGGUUCCAUCAACUCGUCACAGCUCUUGGAAUGGCGGAGCAGCCUGUUACUAGAGCCAAGAGGUUGGCUGUGGGCGAUGGGUCUGUGGAAGAGAAGAUUAAGAUCCUCCUCACGUGCUUGGUUGUUGCAAGCCUGUUGGAGCCAGUGGAAGCUCAAACUGGGAGCAGCCAGGGACUUGGUGACCGCGAUUGGCAGUUUCUUUUCGGGUAUGUCGACGAUGUGGCGAUCGUUGCCCACGAAACUGUCUACAGCGUCAUGCUCAACAGGCUCAACGCGAAGCUGAAGGACACCUGGAAGGGUUGA